AUGCCCCAUUCCCUGGUGUUCGGUCAUCUCCUGAUUGUCCUCCGAUUCUACCGGGAUUGGGCUUUCGACGCAAAUUUUAUCCAAACCUUCGGCUUCUACAUGAGUAAACACUGGAUCAAAUUCUUCCCCGACGAGAAGCAAUGCCCCCCCGUCAUAUACGUCGAUGUAUGGCCGAUUUCCCGGCCCAUGGCGUUUUCCAUGAAGGCCUACGUAUCAAAUCAGAUGGAGAUUGGUAGCAGCCUGCCAAAGUCCCCCAUGCAAGGAGAGUUCUUGGACCCCAUUACAAGUGGGAAGGACCUCAACUGCAUGCACGGUGAGGAGUGGCGCAUGUGGCGCUCGAGAUUCAACCCGGGCUUCAGUCGAGGCAACAUCCGGACCUGGAUCCCGGCUAUCCUAGAGGAGGUGGAAGCUUUCGCUAAUGAGCUGAAAAACCUGUCUGGUGGGACCGGUGAAUGGGGUCAAGUAUUCCCCAUGGAGCAAAUAUCCAGCAAUCUCGCUUUGGACGUCACGGGGAGGGUUGUUCUUAACACUCGCUUGAACUCGCAAUCGCCGUAUCCCUCUCCCUUCACCGUCGCCUUUCGAGAGCAACUGACCCGCAUGGAAAUCACCCUCAGCCCCCGCAAGCUCCUGUGGAGGGCGACUCCAUGGUUCAAGCUCCUGGUGCGCCGUAAGCGACAGCAGAUCUUCCAAUAUAUCCGGCCAUAUAUCACAGACAGCAUCGGUGUGGCGAGCCCCGGGCCACGCACUAUAAUUCGAUCAGCAGUGGAAGAAUACUCCCAGGAACUUGCAACCAAGGCAACCGGCGCCAAUGUCCCCGACGACGAAUUUGUUGAAUAUGUCUUCAGCCAGCUGAUGAUAUUUUUCUUUGGUGGCGAUGAUGCGCUAUCCCUUACGAUCCCUCGUGUCUUCAGACAACUGCAGUUGAACCCGGAAAGUGUGGCCAAGUUGCAGGCCGAACACGACACAGUGUUGGGUUCCGACCCCAGCCUUGCUGCUGCCAGAAUCCGGGAAGUGCCUCAUAUCCUGGAUUCGCUACCGUAUACCUUGGGUGUCAUCAAAGAGACCCUGCGCAUGAACCCCGCCACCAUCACCAUCCGGGAAGGCCAGCCUUCCUUUACCUUUCGUAUCGACGGUGCGGACGAACCAUGGCCGACGGACGGGUUUGAUCUUUUCGACAGCUCUAUCACCAUUCACAAUGACCCAGCAGUCUUUCCGGACCCUGAAAAAUUCAUUCCUGAACGGUUUCUGGUCCCAGAGGGUGAUCGAUUGCAUCCAGCCAAGGACAUAUGGCGCGGGUUCCAACUUGGACCUCGGCGAUGUAUCGGCCAGGAACUGGCGAUCGUGGUGCUAAAGCUCGUCCUAGUAUUCACUGUCCGUACCUUGGAUAUUGAGAUGGCUUGGGACGAAUGGGAUAGAUUGCGAGAGCUGCAGGGGUUGAAAGUAGAUCGGCGGAUGGUUGAAGGCGAUCGCAUGUAUACGACGGGUAAGGCAACGGCCCAUGCCAAAGAUGGUGCGCCGAUGCACGUUAGGGUCCGGACUUCCUCCGAUGAGUAG